CAACAUCAUGGAUGCUAAGGGUCUUGUGUCUCUUGUGGUAGUUCUCAUGGUUGGGGUGUAUGGGACCCACGGGCAGGAUGCCAGGGUGAAGCUGUGUGGGAGAGAGUUUAUCCGUAUGGUAGUCACAUCGUGUGGGAGCUCCAGACUGAGGCGCUCCACUCCGGAGCUUGGACAACACCCCGUCAACCACCACAGGGUAAUUCUGGAUUGGCUGAACAGCAACCAGUUUUCCAACCUGAGGACUUCAGAGACUGGUGAAGAUGUGGUGACACAGCAAGAUGACCAGGACUCCACAGAGAGUAUGACAGAAGACCAGCAGACCCAUCCAGGGUUUCCCAGCACACCGCAGGUCCAGGGGGACAUGGAGCCUUCAACCGCCCCUCUGGGGUACACCGUGUCCUCCCGUACCCGCCGAGACGUGGGGCCUGCUGGGGUGUGCUGCCGAUCCGGCUGCACCAUGAGCGAGCUGGUCCAGUAUUGCUAAGCUAAAGCUAAUGCUAGACUAAUGCUAGGCAAGAAUAACAUUUCACAAGGAAUUGUUGGUCAGCCAUUGCUUGGUUAGCCAUUGGAAUGAUGGAAUAGGUUAAAAACAGGUUUAUUUACAUUGGUUGGGAUGU